UUUAAAACUGCACAAGGCACCGGGCUGAUGUUCCCACUGGGAUUCGGUAGCGGGACAGUUGUGACCCCAGCAGCUGGGGCUGAGGUUCCUCCUUCCUCCUCGGGCUGCUCCUUGGGGCAGUGGGAGCCACGUGGGACGUGAGCAGCAUCUCUGAUGAGGCCUGUGGUCUCCAGUGGCACUGAGCAGUGAUGUGUUGCUCCAUCAGCUCCCUGAUUCCAUGAGGGUGGGGAUGCGGCCGGUGAUGCUCCUGCUGUUGGCUGCUUGCACCGUGGUACCUGCCAGGGACUCGCUGCUGAACGUCUGCAUGGAUGCCAAGCACCACAAGACCAAGCCUGGCCCUGAGGGGAUGCUCUAUGAGCAGUGUGCUCUCUGGAAGGACAACGCCUGCUGCACGGCCAACACCAGCCUGGAGGCCCACCGGGACCAGUCCUACCUGUACGGCUUCAACUGGAACCACUGCGGGGUGAUGCCCCCCCGCUGCAAGCGCCACUUCAUCCAGGACACGUGCUUGUACGAGUGCUCCCCCAACCUGGGGCCGUGGAUUGACCAGGCCGACAGCAGCUGGCGUCGGGAGCGGAUCCUGCACGUGCCCCUGUGCCGGGAGGACUGCGAGCAGUGGUGGGAGGACUGCAAGGACUUCGUCACGUGCAAGGAGAACUGGCACAAGGGCUGGAACUGGGCCACAGGCACGAACCGCUGCCCCUGGGGCUCCAUGUGCAGACCCUUCAGCCAGGUCUUCCCCCGGCCAAAAGAUCUGUGCGAGAAGAUCUGGUCCAACUCCUACAGAUACAGCACGGAGCAGCGGGGCAGCGGGCGCUGCAUCCAGAUGUGGUUCGACCCUGCCCAGGGCAACCCCAACGUGGUUGUGGCCAAGUACUAUGCAUGGAAAAAGAGAUCUGCUGGGAUGGAGACCGCGGCUCCCGAGAGCAGCGGAGCUGAGGAUGCUCUGCCGUGGCCCGUCCUGGUCCUGCUGCCCCUAGCCAUCGUGGUGCUCCUUGAUGGAGCUGGGGGCUGUGGAUCCCAUGGGUGGGGGUCCCCAUGACUCCUUCUAGAGGGACAUGGCAGCUGUUGCUGCCGCCCUGCAAGAGGAGCUGGCACAGGGAGCU